UUUAAAAUGUUUAAGCUCUUAGUAUAUUUUCUUACUUAAAGUGCAGUAUUUUGAUGCUUGAAAUAAUCGGCCACUCUGAUUUUCGUUGAAUUAAGGUAAAGUUAGAAAAAUGCAAGGACUUGGACUACAAAGUCUUAAAAAAAAUCCAGCUCUAAUUCCACUUUAUGUGUGUGUUGGGGCGGGAGCUAUUGGAGCCAUAUAUUACAUGGCUCGACUUGCUACUCGAAACCCAGAUGUGACUUGGAAUCGCUCAUCUAAUCCCGAACCAUGGCAGGAGUACAAGGACAAACAAUAUAAGUUUUAUUCACCUGUGAGGGAUUAUUCGAAAACAAAGAGUUCGGCACCAAACUUUGAGGAGUAAAUUACACUUCUGGAAAUACUACAAUUUAAAUAUGAUGUAGUUUACAAUUACUUCAACAAGUUAAAAUAAACUCUAUUGCAAAUAAAUGUUCUUCGUAUUUAAA